AUGACGACAACCAGCCAAGGGCGUAUGCCGUUCAAUAUGGUGGAGGUGACCUUCAAAUGCGAAGUGUUAAAAAAAAUAUGCCUGCGUAGGCCAUUCGAGUUAAGUGAAGAAGAGUACUUUGGCCUCCUUCAUUUUUGUCUCAUUCUCUGUCGCCUUCACCGCUUCAAACGUGCAUUCCGCCAGCGGAUCUACCCUGCCGAAGACUCUAUUUACCCUCGUGUUGUCCGUUUCAUUGCCAAUUCUGGGAGGCAGCUUUUCGAGGGCAUCGAAUUCCGAUCAACCAAGAUGUUGAAGAGAUCAGGAAACCCGCCUCAAGAAGAGUUUGAGUCCAUUCACUGGCAGCCAAAAACUGGUCUUUUUGCACUCAAAGUUGCAGAGAGCCCUCCUGCUCCCCCAAACAAGCCGACUCCAGAAGAGUUAAGCGGCAAGUAG